CUAGUAUUUUAUUAAAACCAUAUGGGUACAUUCUCAAAUUAUUAAAAUAUAAUUGUUAUCAUUCGGUGAUGCCAUAAAAUCAUUAGUUUCCCAAUUAAAUAAUAAAAAUUCGAUAUUUACACUACCUGAUACCAUCUUCGCAAAUCCUUUCAUUUCAGCCUCAGGUGAAUCUUUCCUAUGGUGUGCUCUAGGUUUCUUAUAAAUGUAUUCCUUAACUCAGGUGAGAGAAGUAAAAUCUAUUUCCAGGUAGGAUACAUUCUGCUACAAUUUUUGAUGUUGAGUUGAGAUCUCAAAUCAAAUAACUCUUGUUGAGCCAUCAUAACCUCUCUUGAAACUGAGAUGUGAUGGAAAUCUAUGUAGAUGAUAAUUUUUACCGAACUACUCGAACGAAUAUUGAAAUAAUUGACCUUACUUUCCACAACACAUGUUAAAACAUAUGCAAUCAUUCCGCUAGGAAGUCCUGAAUGCUUUUUAACGAGUUACUCCCUUGAAUGCUUAUGAAUUUCCUUGUAAAGAUGUUUGGAAAAGGGGGUAAAAAGGAAACAUCAAAGAAACCAUCUCUUCUAGUGGAAACACUUGAAAAGAUCAAUAAUAUCAUUGAUAUUUUAAACAAGAAACAAGAAUUCCUGGAGAGCAAGAUUCAAGCUGAAACUGCUACAAUAAAGAAGAAUGGUCUCAGGAAUAAAAGGGUGGCUAUCCAAGCUCUCAGGAGAAAGAAGAAGUUCGAACAACAACUGAAGCAAGUGGAUGGGACACUUGCAACCAUGGAGUUGCAGAAGGAUACUCUAGAAGCAGCGAGGACGAACACGGUGGUAUGCGAGACUCUCAAGUUAGCAUCGGACGCCAUGAAGUCUACGACGAAGAACAUCGACAUGGAUACGUUGCAUGAAAUCAUGGAUGAACUAAACGAACAGCAGGAAGUAGCCAAAGAGAUCGCGGAUGUCGUCUCCAGGCCGAUCUUCGUAGGUGGUGAUGAUGAUGACGAACUGGAACUGGAACUGGAAGAGCUGGAACAGGAAGAACUAGACAGAGAGAUGAUGGCGAUUGGAAUCGUGUCGGAGGAAUUGCCUUCGGUCCCUUCGGUAGCAGUCUCUGGUCAAGCAUCAUCGUCUGCGCAAGAGGACGAGCAAUUGAAGAAGCUGAAGGAGUGGGCGACCUGACUCUCGAAGGAAGGAAGUGUUGUACGCCUUUUAACGGACGGGCCUUUGGAUUCAGUCUCCUUGUUUUAAAAAUAGAAAGCAAUAAUGAAGUUUUAAACCGACCUUUUUACUGCCAUAUUGAUUAAAAUUUAACUAACUAACACAAAAUAUUACAGUUAAAUUAAAAAAACAUCUGUACAAAAAAAGUUAACAUUAUCAUUAUAUAAAAAAACUCAACAAAUU